AUGAACACCAAGCGCCGCCAGAGCUCGGCUCACAGUGAAGAGCUCUUUGAAUUUGUUGACUAUACCUCGGUCUCGCAUUUCGAACGACUCGUUACAGCGAUCGAAGAAACAAUAUAUUCCUGGGGAAUAAAAGACGGGAGUGAUGGAAUUUUUUCUGAUGAAUGCAUCACAAAGGAGUUUAUUCAACAUGAGCUACUGUCCGUCGGUGACGAGACUUAUAAAAUCACUUACAACUACUAUCCCAUUAGUCGGCAAAAAAGCCAGCGCCCCCUUGUGAUGGACGAUCUUUAUUUGUUCACUGACAAUGUCCCAAAGACUUUUCAUCCUUUACAUCGCUGGACGGGGUUUAGUCGUUUCUUAGUAUUUGCACCAUUAUCGGACUCUCUAAAGUCCAAACUAUUUUCUUCCACAAAGACGGUUGUUGAUCUACAACAAGCCAAGUCUUUCAUAUCUGCGUGUGCAAUUGCCGCUCAGAAUACAGGCUGUCGUCUUCCGGUAUUUAUACAAGUCGGGCAGCUCCGGCAUCAUCUUUACAUAGGCUACAUGCUCGGCUCUGACAAGACAGAGAUCCGCUUCAAUACAAUAGUUGCCUCUGCUGUAUCUUCCCGCUACACACAUCUUGAUGGUCUCCGAAAUCUCUUUCGACAAAAGCUAGAAAUGAGGCGUGAAGAUCAGGGAUUUCAUCGAACAGCUGAUUUGGGACCUGUGGAUGCCAUGGCUGUGUUUAGCUACAAUGUAAAAAACUGGUUUGAUGAGGACUGGAAGGAUUCUGAGGAGGAUCUUCUCGAGCCAAUCAUACAUGAUAAGCGAACAUUGGAGAGACCGAUUGUUCAUGGUAUCCUACCCUGUUUACCUAGCUUACCUUUUGGGCCGUUUAAUGACCCCCUUCGUACUCUCACAUUAAAUGCCAUCUUCCCCCUGACUGACGAGACUGCCUACAGCGACAGUGCACUCCACUCUGAAAUGGAUGCUCUUACCGCGAAGCACUGGCGCAUCUCACAUGAAUUUGGACCUUCCAGCCAACAGCGUUCCUUCCUUUCAAGUUUACUCACUCAGGCAGUUUACUCGUGGGUAAAGGAUCCCACAAAUCGAGAAUAUCUUGCGCCUUACGAUAACAACAACAAAGGAGAUGAUGCUGAAACUUAUGGACAAGACAACGGACUUGUACGAAACUUGUUAAAUGCAAUGGGACAAACACGCCCAAUAGCCCAAGGAUCUAACCAAAUCACAGUCGUAAAAUCGGACCAACUGGAACAGGUCCUUAGCUCGCUUUUCCAGGCGAACCAAGAGCACCAAAAAACUGCUCAUUUCACUCAAGAGCAUAUUAGAGGCACAUCGCUUUUUAGUGCCCAUGCUCUUGUUUUGCGCAUCAAGUAUGGCGCGGCAGUUCCCUAUCGCUCUUUUCUGUGGAAUUUUUUGGUCUAUUCUCUCCAUACACUGUCUGAUACUUCCAAGCCUCAUGCAAUUCCAUCGUAUAUGGGCUUUUUGCGUAUCUUGUGGAUAGAAAUUCUGCGUCAAAUUCGAUGGCACUGGGAGCACCUAGUUCCCAUCCCUAAUGUCUCCCCUUACCUAUACCAACCUUCUUAUGCAAAUGAAGGUCCCAUGCACGAGAGUAGUGAGACUGUGAAACCUGAUAUUACAAAGACUCUUGGAAUUGAUUUGAGAUUCAAUAGAUUACAUCAAAAGCUUGCUAUGAUCAAUUGCUGUAUUUAUCGGCGUUUGCAAGAAGCCACAAAGAGACGCGAUGCAACACCCAAGCGUAAAGUAAAAAAGACCACGGGAUCUCAAAAGCCUAAUCGACGAAGCCCAAGUCUUUCCGAGAAGACUGAACAAGAUUUAGUUAUUAGUGACAGCGAGAUAUUCUUUGAUUCGAUAGAGGAUAUGGAAGAGAUAGAGGACUUGGAGGAAAUUGAAGACAUGGAAGAUAUUGAUGAAAUCGCAUCCUACCAAUAUCCAACAAAGGGAUCUUCUACUGUAGAAAACAAACCUAUUCGUCCCUCACGGUCUAACAGAUCUUCUGUUUCGGAUGUAUCUGACACAGCUAAUCCCCAUUCCAUGAGCGAGUCCUUUGUCCGUCUAAACUAUUCGCCAAACACAGAUUCCGAUAAUUAUACAGCAGGACUUCAUUUCCCUCAUCACAACCCAUCCGAUGGUGGAUAUAUGAACGACGUAGAGAAUGAGAUACAAGACGAACAUUCGUUUGAAGGAAGAGACUUCCAGCAUCCAUCUUUACGCCUUAUAAAAACGUAUGAACCCAUGUGGAUCCCCCACACACAAAAUCCUGGGUUUAUGACCGAAGACAUGAUCGAACAACAGACAGAUGUUUUUGAGAACCUGGGAACAUCCGAGGAUGCCACCCAUAUUCGUGCUAAGUUACAAUCUGCUCAGCUGUAUUCUGAUAUGCAAUCAUUCAAGGCUGCCAAUCCACAUUCUACUUUAGAAGAUUUUGUGCGCUGGCAUUCUCCAAAAGACUGGAUCAAGGAGGAUAUUCCAGGAAAGGAUGAUGAACAAUCUGAAAUCAGAGGUCAAAUGAGUGCGCGAAUGGGGGGAGCUGGAAAUAUUUGGCAAGAGUUAUGGAAGUGUUCUAGAAGAAUACCUUGGGAUCGUCAAAAACCACUUUUUAAUACUUUGGCCGAGGGAGAAAAAGCUUUACACUAUCUGGAAAGCAUGCCAAUUCAUGAAACAUUCUCACUACUGCUGCCUACAGUAGGAUUAAUAGCGUAUGAUACACUCGUUUCCCAUCCAGUGACAAGUCAUUCUCAGCCUGUUAUUGAAGGCUUGUCCAAGUUUGGAAAAGAACUUGUGAAUUUUCCUUGGGAAGACGUUAGAAAUGGAAAGUGUACGAUGGAUAGUCUUAUAUCAAUGGUCAAGCAACAGGAGACCUUGUUAGCCAAUGCGAUUUCCCUCUUGAGAAAGCUUCCAAGACAGUAUUCCCUGGUAGAUCGCCUUUUAGUUUCAUCCCAAACAUAUGUAAAAGAAGGGGAAGAACGCGAGGUUGUCUUUAAAUUCUUUAGAAGUGAACAAGGUACUAUAGCUGAGCCUUAUUCUCGAGAAUAUGUUCUCUACAGUGAUGGGUCUGCAUUGGCUAUGGAAGGAAGAACUUUACCAGAGCGUCAAUAUACAAUUAUCAAAGAAAAUGAAGUACGGAUAAUAGAAAUGCAUACAACUGACACUAUCUGUUCCUAAAAAAAAGCUUUAAAUAAACCAAAUAAUUAUAGUAAUAAUAAUAGUAAUAGUAAUAAUAAUAAUAAUAAUAAUAAAUAGUAUAUUAUUUUAACUCAAAAUUGUACAUAAAUUCAGAUAAUUCAAUAC